AACGGUCACAUACGGGGUCAUGGAUCCCGUGAAAAAGGCCGAGUCGGCCAUUUUAGGCCAAGUUUGGGUUCAAAAUGAAAUUUCGAGAUGAUGGUCAACCCGAAAACAUCUCAAAUUGAAAUAAAAAUCAAUAAUAGAUGUCUAUUAGUGAAAUGGAAACAAAGAUUGGAAUGGAUCUCUGAAGAAUGAGCCGUCAGGCAUCAUGGACUUCACCCACUUGGCCGCCGCAAGACCACGAUUGCGCGCCUUCGAGGCGAUUUUUCGAAAUGAUGGUCCACCUAGGAUUUUUUCAAACUAGUAACAGCUUGUACAGCUUCUCAUAAGGUAUCUUUUGAGAAGUUAGGAAGAAUGGAUCUCCCGGCUCAAGCUCAUGGUGGUCGAAAAACUGACUCGGCGGACACAAAAAGUACCGUAACUCAAAAUUUUCCCACCGUAACCCAUGAUGGUAUGUACUGUAAAAGUUCCUAAAAUUGAAUUACCUAUCGAUUGAUAUAUCACUUGCCUAAUAAAAAAACUCAUAAAUACUGAGAUACGCAGGUGCCCACCUGCCUACCGUAACCCGGCUACAGUAAGAGGAAAUGGCUCAAAAAGUUGGGUCCGCAUUUCUGAUGAUGGGUUAUCACACUGGAUGAAGUUUUGUCGAAAUCAAAAAAUAUUUUUUUUUAUUGUUCCCGUUGUUUUUGAGAAUAACGGAGACAGCGUGUUAAGCCGGUAAGCGAGACCCGGAAAAGAAGGAAUACAGUUGCCUUUCAAAUCUGAAACGUUUUUAGGUUUUGUUGAGGCGUGGUGAGACGAAGGAGGGUGAUUUCUACCACGCGCCAAGUGGCUGGAACGAUCACGACCUUUUCGCAGUGUGUUGGGGUCCAGCGGUGGCUGCCCUCAGCUAUGUCUUCGACAAGUCCGAGCACGAGCACAUUCUUCAAGUCUGUACCAACUGUUUCGUUUUCACGGGACGCGGAAACUUUCCAGAAAGCUCUCAGUGGGUAUCGCAAAUGUGCCUCGAUAUCGGCUCACUACGGAAUGAAAGAAGUUUUCGACAACCUCGUUAUCCACCUCUGCAAGUUCAGCACUCUGACCCCAAUGCGAGAAGGUGAGCCGGAGAAUGACAUCUAGACGAGAGAUUGUUGUGUAAAAUAUGUAAAAUGUAAAACACAAUCUUUGAAACAAGAAAAGCAAAAAAAAUAAUUUUGAAAAGAAAAUAAAAAAAUACAAUCAUGGAAAAACGUAGAAAAGUCAAUUCAUCUCGUUUUUCAAGUCGGCAAGGAUUGAAUAUAUGAUGAACCCUAAUGGAAAAAAUGGAAACACACAUCUAUGAGGAAGGUUGCAGGAGCCUCCGACAGCAUGGAGAUUCAAAGGCAACGUGGUCUCAACGAGAGAGUUUUUCAUCACUCGUCGCCAGAAGGCGUCGCACUGGCCUUUGGGGAGAACCACAAGGCUCAACUGGCGACUCGGACUCUUUUUGAACUGCUACACGCGAACGGGGGCAUUCUCAGAGAAGCAGUCGACAUUGAUCACCUGGUCAUUAAUCCUUUUCCUUCAGGGUUGGCGGAAUCUGCUCGACGUUCUUCUUCAAAUGUUCCGAGCCCGUCUCCUUCCGUCGGAUCUAACGGAAGUUGAAGACUUUGUUGACGAAAAAGAAUGGGUGUCCAUUCUAAGGACUCAUGAAAAGUUUGAUUUCGGUCAAAAAUAAAUAUAUGUAGAGUGGAUAUUUGACAGAUAAUAAUGUUAUCUUCAUUUUUAAUGUUGUUUUUAUUUAUUUAUUUUUCCACCUCUAUUUUUGAAUUAUGUUGCAGGGAGUUGCAAACGGUGCGAAGUGAAACGGGGCUACUAUCGUGGUUUGGACUUGGCGGUAGCGGCGGUGAGUCCGAUCGGAGGAAGCCCACUCAAGAGCAGCUGAAUGCCAUAAAGGUGGUCCUCUCCGGGUUGACUUUCAUCAUGUUUUGUUAUCUUCUGCGUUCAGCUGUCGUCAGCCGUCAUUGCCGAGUGUAGACCUUCGCAAAUCGUACUCGACAGCAAGUACUUAACCAGUACCUCUCUUGCCGAACUUCUCGGUGCCCUCUCUACUAAUAGUAUGCAGAUUGUGGAAAAAUCUCAAGAAACGACGCAUGGAGUGAUUUUUUUAAAUUGAUUUCUUUCAAGGUCAUCCAUUUCGGGGCUUCGGUUGGACCUGCACAACUUUCUAGUUCUCGUUAAGAACUCUUUAAAAAAAUCAUCUGAAUUCGCUAAAAUGGAUGACUUUGAACAUUUUUUUCACAGAGAUUAUGAAGAUGUGUAGGUUGAGACUUUCAGGGUCUCAAUGUUGGUUAUCAUAUCAUACGGCCGUUUUUAGAAAAAACAAAGAAAUUCGCAACUUCCAAGUUAAAUUCACAUGACUUUAUAUAUUUUGAGAGAAAAGAAAUGUAUCUCCAAACUUACGGGAAGGCUGUCGUUUCAAUGCAGGGCUCUAUAUUGAUGGAAUUAGAAGAUUUUCCUAGGGUUCUCGUAAUCCGUAAUCCGCGGUCUUUCUCAAUUAAAUAAGCAGCAAAGAAGCUCAUGAGAAACUACUGAGCGGGAAAGUCUUUGUUGAACGAUAACUUUCCCACCAGUAACAGGGUAUUUGCAAAUUGAGGCGAAUUUUUGACAAGUUCAUGGAGCAACAAUAUACUCUCUGAUUCACAGUACGGCUUUCUCAACAAUAGAAAUACAACGACGCAACUUCUUCAAAAACAGAAGUUUUUAAUCGAGUGCGCCAGUAGAAAUCAGAAUGUGGACGUUGUAUAUUUAGAUAUUAGUAAAGCUUUCGAUUCAGUCACACAUAGGAGGCUCAUUAAAAUGUUAAAAGCUUAUGGGUGUGUAGGUCGCUUACACAAAUGGUUUUCACAGUACUUAACAAAUAGAACUCAAUUUGUCCGCCUUAAUGAUGAGGUAUCCAACGAAACCGAGGUGUUGUCUGGGGUUCCACAAGGAAGCUGCUUAGGACCGUUGUUUUUCUUGAUAUACAUAAAUGAUAUAACUAGUGUCGUAAAACAUAGCAAAAUGCUCAUUUAUGCAGAUGACGUAAAAAUUAUUCAUAAGCUCAGAAACUGAUAAUUAUAACCUCAAGCUGCAAUCAGAUAUUAACUCAAUAAGAUACUGGCUUUUAGAAAGGCAACUAUCUAUUUCUAGCUCUAAAAAGCGUCUAUGUGCGGUAUGGUAAAAAGAAGGGGAAUCUGGAACGACUAUAGAAUAGGAGAGGAAUCCAUCCCCAAACAAGAGGUGAUUAGAGAUUUAGGAGUUAAUUUCAGUUCCGAUCUGAAAAUGCAUCAUCAUAUCGACAUAAUAGUCAAAAAAAGCAUUCGUAUAAUCAAUAAUCUUUUUCCGUUGCUUCACUUUUUUUCCGUUAAAAAAACUUUAUGAACUGUUAUAAAGCCAAAAUUCUACCAAUUUUUAGAGUAUGGAUCGGAGCUAUUCUCUCCACUAACCCAAUCUGACAUAAACAGGCUAGAAUCGGUUCAAAGAAAAAUUCACCAAACGGCUUCUCCCCAAAAAGAAACCUAUGCUGUAAGACUAAAAAUCCCUUUCUCUAGACACUCUAUGGACAAGGCGUCUGCGAAAAGAUAUCAUAAUUACACAUCAGUUCAUAUAUGGCUAUUAUUGGUGUCCAUCUCCAUUCAAAUUACAAACGAUAUCAUAUAGACGAAACCAACUGAGAGGCAACGGCCUUAAACUCGAACCACCACCAAUCCAUCAUGUUCACUAUAACUUUAUUACGCAACGCGUGUAUAAAUACUGGAACGGCUUAAACAGAGUUAUGGUUUUUGAGGAUGACCAAAGAAGAUUUAAAAAGUUGUUUGAAAAAAAUUGGUUUUUUUGAUAAAGGAAGCUGCAAAUUUCACAAAAUGAUUCAACUCGUUUAUAGAUUACUUUUCUUUUUGAUUCUCUUCGAUUUCGACCUAAAAAUAUUUUUUUAGAUUAAAAGUGGAACUUUAUCGAAGUGGAGGCAAAUAUAACUUUCAUGGUUCUCUUCCUCCACGCCACAGAUCUGUCUGUGAGCGAAAUAAACAUUCAUUCAUUAGUCUUCCAUUUUUUUGAUUUAACUUUACUGAAGUUUUUGAGUUUCAGAAAGUCAGCAUGGUGGGCGAAGAUGAAGAUGCGUUAGUUUUCUACUUGGAACUGAUGGUCUCAAUAUCGAUUGAGAACAAAGUGAGUGCAAAUGUCUAUUUCAAGUAUUAUUUUUUUGUUUAUUUACUUUUUGAUUCAAAUAUUAAUAGGUGAAAACCGUGUUAAAUAUUGAGAAAGUUGUGAAAAAAGGAGAGAUAUCUUACUUGUCAUCCCAUCAGUUCUCAGACACUUAUUUUCUGGCGAGUGGGGAAUUCGGGAGAUUCGCGAUGGAAUUUCGCUCGUGUGUAUCGGUAUUUCUGCAGUUGAUUUAAUCGACUUUCCCGCCGACCAAACUGAGCGUUAGAAACGUGUUAAUCGGGAAGAAAACGGCGGGCGCUACUGCGCUAGUACCGAGAAAAGUGACCGCGGAAGAUGCGAUUCAUGUUGAGAACACUUUUUAAAAAAAAUUGAAAAGCAGGUUUUAAAAGAAAAAUGUCAUAGGAAUUGUGAUUAAAUCUUCUUGCGAGUUAGAACUGCAAAGGAAGAUUCUUAACAUUGGAUCUCGAUUUUUAAAAGUUGCGCCUGGAAUGUUUUCUCAUGAGGGCUCGAUUAAGGACCGACUGUCGGUCGUCUGGGGACCCGUUCGACGGCACCUCGAGUGGCUCCUUUCGUCGUCAUUUGGCCGCUGUCCCGUACUCGUCGAGCGUGCCGUUGUUGGACUUCUGCGUGUGGCUAACCGUAACCUUUUCCGUGACAACACAGUUGCCGACGAAGUUCUCCAGUCACUUUCUUUACUUUUUGGUGAGUUGUGUUUCUGA